AUGGAUGUUAAGAGUGCAUUACUGAAUGGUUAUAAUUCCGAAGAAGUUUAUGCGCAUCAACCUCCUGAUUUUGAAAGUUCUCAAAAUCCUAAUUUCGUUUUUAAACUAAAAAAAUCUUUGUAUGAUCUGAAGCAAGCUCCAAGAGCUUGUUAUGUAAAUUUUCAAAAGAUAAAGUCUCAACUUUCUAAUGAUGUUACGAUAAAUAAUGAGAUUGAAGACAUAAAUCUCAUUACAUUACCACCAGGUUCCAGAUUCAACCCUAAUGAUAUUGAGUUGAUUGAUUAUUAUUUGAAACAAAAAUUACAAGGUGUUCACCUAGUUCCACCAAGGAUUCAAGACGUUGAUGUUUACAAAUUUUCUCCUCAACAAUUAGAAAAUAGUUAUAAAUUCAAAGGAGAGGACACAAUGUAUUUUUUUACGCCAAGAAGUAAGAAGUAUGAAAAUGGACAACGUCCUGAUCGAGCAGUUGAAAAUCAUGGUUUUUGGAAAGCUACUGGAAAAGAAAAUUCAGUGAUGAAGAAUGAUGUUGAAAUUGGAUUCAAAAGAAGUUUAGUGUUUUUCAGAAUCAAAGAUUUUACAAUUUCUGGUGCAACUCUUUAUAAUAAUAAGGUAUGA